AAAGUAUUAUUAUCAUCAUAUUUUUUUUAAGCUGAACCCCGAGUGCUGCCCUUUAAAUCCGUGUCCUAGUUUAGUCCCCGGCCAGUUAUUCUGGGCGCUGUCUGCAAAGCUUGAAGUUUUACACCAACUGGUUACUUUCUUGCGCCGGGGGAACUUGGCACGGCGGCGUCGGUCGGUGCACGCCUCCUCCUGCGAGAGACUCCUCGACUUUCAACUCGGGGUGUUUUUGGGGGGGUUUAGAAAGGGGAAAAAAAAGAUUUUUUUUUUUUGUUGUGGCUGUUUUUUGCACCGUGCGUGGCUCCACCUCCCUGCUCGAUUUUUGUGCGUGUGCGUUUUCAAGGAUUGACCUGACUGGCUGCCAUGGGGAGAGACGAAACCCUCGUCCACAUUGCAAAACAACUAGAUAAAAUGGUAUCCAGGAGAAACAUGGUGAGAUAUUACAAGGACGGAGCUCUGGCCUUGCUCCAGGAACUCCAAGGCAUGAAGAUGAGCCUGAAGUUGCUGCAGGCCACAAGGAUCGGCAUGUCUGUAAACUUGAUUCGUAAACACAGCACAAACGAAGAAAUUAUCGCGCUUGCUAAAAUCCUCAUCAAAAAAUGGAAGAAACUUCUUGCCACGGAAAUUUCAGUCGAUCACAAGGCGGAGAAAUCUUCAGGGAAAGAGGGUGAGAGGGACCGGUCAUCGGCGGUGGUGCUAGAAUCCCGGAAACACUCGAAGGAAAAAUACAAGGAGCGGAAAGAUUCCUCAAGUUCUAUGUCACCGAUGGCCCUCUCUCCAGCAUCAAGGAAGAACUCCACAGACAAAGAGGAGAGAAAGUUAUUCUGCAAACCUUUGAUCACUUUGGACCUGUCAAGAAAACCUUCAACAGUUAUGAAGGAUGAAAGUGGCAGUGGCAGUAAAGUAAAGAUGGAUUCACCAUCUUCCCCCACCUUCUCCUCGCCAACGAUUCUUCCUCCUCUCCUGAAAACUGGGGAGAACAUCCGUGACAAAUGCAUAGAGUUGCUGAUCGCUGCUUUGAAGACUGAUGAUGAUUACAAGGACUAUGGUGCCAAUUGUGAGAAGAUGGGUGCGGAAAUCGAAGAUUCUAUCCACCAGGAGUUUCCAAAAACAGACAUGAAGUACAAAAACAGAGUCCGAAGCAGAAUAAGUAACCUGAAAGACCCAAAGAAUCCUAAUUUAAGAAAGAACGUGUUGUCUGGUGCGAUAGACCUCCUCCACUUUGCAAGGAUGUCUGCAGAGGAGAUGGCCAGCGAUGAGUUGAAGGAGCUACGCCAGGUGAUAACUAAGGAAGCCAUUAGGGAGCAUCAGAUGGCCAAAACCAGCGGUACCAUGUCCAGUCUCUUCCAAUGUGGGAAAUGCAAAAAGAAAAACUGUACCUACAAUCAGGUACAAACACGCAGUGCUGAUGAACCAAUGACGACAUUUGUUUUAUGCAAUGAAUGCGGAAACCGCUGGAAGUUCUGCUGAUUGAUAAUAUUGAAACAUUCUUCACUACAAUUUAAGCUCGUCUUUUCAGAAGAGGGAAAAAUGAAUUCUAGCAAAGCCACAGAUGUUUAUGGUGCUUCUCUCACUUUGCUUUCCACUGAUUCAAGAGCAAGUCGGUUCCUAAUCAAUUCUGCUUUAAGAACUGAGCGCCCUCUGCAGCUUUAGUUGCAGUUGUUUCUUUUGUGUAAGGAGGUGUCGAUUUUGGAGAUUAAAACAGAAACACUCAGGAGGUCAGGCAGCAUCUGUGGAAGGAGAAGCAACUAUCUUUUCAGACCUGAAUCAUUAGAUCUUGUGCUUCAGGUCUGAAAUAUUGACUCAAACGCUACCUGAGCUGUUAAGUGUUUUGAGUAUCUUCGACUAUGUCACAUCUCUAGUGUCUUGUUUGUAGUUUCAAUGUAGACUUCACGGACCCAUGCUGUGAAAUAGAAUCAAAUCAUUUGAAAUACUGUACAAAGCCUAAUAUUGUGGUGUUUUCAACAUUAGGAAUCAUUUUACAUUGUUAAUUAUUUCCAGGCCUUUGCUUAAGCUGGACUUUGAAGAUUAAUUUUUUUAUUUGGAGUAACAAGGAAUUUAUAAUGAGAAGGAUAUCUCAUUCUUAAAAGGCAUUUUUUUUUUUUUAAGGUUUGCAGAAUUAAAAAUACUUCAACUGAAAUUGAUAUGUUUUAAAAUUCUGUUUGGAUUCAACUCUCUUCAUUCAUCAAUAAUAAGAAACUAAUCGCAUUCUCGCAGGAGAGUACUGCAUUAGUUUAAGCCCAAAUCAUUUAUUUUUGUAGAUCACUGUUCACUUGUAUUUAUUUUUAAAGAGGGUGUCCUUGCCUUAAAGAGUCCUUGUCUUCUCCUCCAAAUCACCUCCCAUUUCAAAAACUUCUCCAUCUACAUGCUGUAAACCUUUGUUGAGCUGCUGUUUCAUGAGCUACAGAUAUCCUUCAUUAUCUUGUAGACACAGGCACCUGCAAAUGCUGGUUUAACAAAAACACCCCAGGUGCUGGAGGAACUCAGUAUUUCUGGAGGAAGUGGAUAAGCAACGUUUCAGUCGGGACUCUUCUUCAGACUGAAGAGUCUAAAGACGGGUCCCAACAGGAAACGUUGCCUAUCCACGUUCCCCAGAGAUGCUGCCUGACCCAUUGGGUUACUCCAGCACUUUUUAUGUCCUCCAUCAUCUGGCUGGAGAAACAAUUCUUCAGUGAUAAGCUCGUGGAAGUCACAAAGGUGUCAGAACUAAAUCUAACAUAUAGGAAGGAACUGCAGAUACUGGUUUAAACCAAAAGGCUGGAGUAACUCAGCGGGUCAGAUGGUAUCUUUGGAGAAAAGGAAAGGGUUGAGACUCAUCUUUGGAUGGGAACCUUCCCGAAACGUCACCUAUUCCUUUUCUCCAGAGACGCUGUCUGACCCGCUGAGUUACGUAAAUAAAUCUAAUUCUUACUUGCAUCCAGAUAAUAAAAGUUGUAAAACAGGGUCACCAAUUUACUGUGAAUAGAAUGGCCAACUCUGGCUAGGUAGAUUCCUGUAGGAUUUGUUGUAUUUCUACCACCUAUCUCUCCAUCACCACCACUCCACACACGUGGUGCUUUACUUUCCCUCAGCUCAUCAGAGAGUGAAGAGUUUUCAUUAUUUAGUUGAAUGCUUUCAAUAUUUGAAUCGCCCCUCUCCUGCAACAUUUCUUGUAAUUUUAUAACUAAUAAACAAAGGUAUUCAUAGAAAAUUGCAAACAAACCAUCAAUUUUGUUGUUUAGUUUAGAGAAACAGCGCGGAAACAGGACCUUCGGCCCACCGUGUCUGCGCUGACCAGCGAUCCCCGCACAUUAACACUAUCCUACACGCAUUCGGGACAAUUUUACAUUUAUACCGAGCCAAUUGACCUACAAACCUGUACGUCUUUGGAGUGUGGGAGGAAACCGAAUAUCUUGGAGAAAACCCACGCAAGUCACAGGGAGAACGUACAAACUCCGUACAGACAAGCACCCCCAGUCAGGAUCGAACCUGGGUCCCUGGCGCUGUAAGGCAGCAACUCUACCACUACGCCACCUUGCUCUCAUUUUUAUUUUCACCUAAAAUUGUGUAAAGAAACCUCCUUAGAUUUGCGUUUGACCCCUGAAUAAUCCCUGUGUAGACAAUUGUCUGCUAAAAACAGCUAACAAGUCCUUCCUGAGGUAAUUAUUUUCGAUGUUUGAUAUGAAACCUGUGUUUCGUUUCCUGAGAACUGUUCCCCGGUAGUGUUACUGAGUUGGUAAAAAAUUGAAUCUUUGAUUUGUUUUUUAAAAUGUAGAUUAUUUUUCUCCUCUUCAAGCCAGCUUGAAAUGUUUGUACUCAGUACCUUAGUGAUUUGUACUUGCACUCAGCCUGUUUCAGAUAUGAGUGUCAACAAAUUAAAUAAAGCAGCUUAUAUCUUUUCCA